AUGCACUAUAUAGCUAAAGGACUAGAAGAAAGUGGUCGAGUCUUGUUAUUGGGUGAGUUUUUAAGAAGGAUAGGGAUUGAGGGGGGUUCUGUUUUAUGGAAUGGUCUUUAUAGUGGUUUAAAUGCUCGGGGUAGGUCUCCUUUAGUUAGUGGAUUAGUGGCUGGGUAUGUUACUGGUAUUCCUAAUCAGAAGAAGAUUCUUAAAUCAACGGUUCUAGGGGGUGUAUCUGGUACGAGUAUUGCUUUAACCUCUAAAGUUAUUCAGCAGUUGUUGCAAAUCAAGAUAUUUAACAAUAAAUAG